GCAAUAAUAGUAGUAGUAGUAGUAGUAGCAGCAGCAGUAGCAGCAGCAGCAGCAGCAGUAGUAGUAGUAGUAGUAGUAGUAGUAGUAGUAGUAGUAGUAGUAGUACUAGUAGUCGUAGUAGUAGUAGUAGUAGUAGUAGUAGUAGUAGUCGUAGUAGUUUGAAUACUUUUAUAAAUAACGACCAACAGCUUUUAAGCGCAAUGUUUACAAUUCAUACUUAA